UAUUCUUUAGAAAAUAAUAGCUUUAUAUUUUUGUGUCAUUUUAUAUGUUUUAGGGUCUAGUGACUCACUAUGUACUAUAAAUAAAUUAUCUGUUUUCGUUAAAAUACGAAAUAGUUAAUACUUACAUCGAUCUUACAGUGGACUUUAGAAUCGAUAUUUAGCCCAGUUUAGUUUAUUGCGUUUUUCGUCCAUAUAUAGUUAUGCGCUAAGUAAUUUGUGUUGUGUAUGUUAUACGAGGGGUAGUUAUAAUGCUAUUCACACCAAUUUAUAUUGCAAUGACUUUCAUAAAAACUUGGAGAAUUCGGUCCUUCAGAGCUCGACUGCUCGAAUUCUUGAAUGGUAACACAAGUGUUGCUUUUUGCAAAGUGCCCGAAAAUGCCGCAGAAACUCCAACCUUAAGUUCAAAACUGUGUACGAACCCAAAGAAUGCUUAUCUCUGUGACUUGCUGGAUUAUACAAACGCUACCAGAAUCUGCAGCAUGAAACCAACUCAGUGUAUAGAGAUCAGUGACUGGGUUGCAUGUGCGGGCGGACUGCCGCUGGGGUCUAGUGAACUGUCUCCUGUUAUAGACUUGGAUGUGGAUGUGCUAUUUGAAUGUGAGAUGGAGCCGAAUGAAGCUAGCUCCUACCAGAAUAUUGCGCAUCUGGACACUAUGGGUCAGCCAGUAGCAUGGAAAGCAGGCUCUCAUCUCGCCAUAAUAUUAAAAACAAAUAUGGAGAACCUUAGUGUCAUUGGCUUCAACUUUGUUGGUGGAGAAUUUGUUAUAGAUCAUAAAUUACCUGUGGUCAGGGUACAAACUGUGCAGUUAUCAGGGGAACCAAAUAAAGCCACAGACUCCUCAAUGAGGACUUUACGUAGUGAAAUACAACAUAGUCUUAGAGUACCGUAUGAUGAAUUUAGGUGGCCAGUUCAUGCUGCUCUAUUAAGAAAAUUGUCAAAAGUAGUAGAUAUUAAGUCUGAUACAAAAAAUACAUUUGUAGAAAUGAAUGGAAGUAGUGAAAUGAUAAUUGACACAAUGACUAUCAACAGAAAAAAUAUAACAUUAGCUGAUGUUAGUGUGAACACAUCCAAAUCUCUUAAUGCUGAGGAUGAAGUUGAUAAACCUGCAGAAAUCAAAAUAAACAGUAUAGAACCACCACAGAAAACCUCUGAAAAAACCAUAGAACACACUAUAGAAAGAGUUCUUGAGAAGACUAUAGAAAAAUCGCCAGAAAGGAAAAUUGUGAAAGCACAGCAACAACCUAGUGAUAGUGAAUUAGUGCUUGAAAAUGUAACUGUUGAAAUCCAACACAACAUAACUCCAAAGAAAUCGAGCUUAAAACUAGAUUUGAAGAAGGGUACUAGUCAGUUAUCAACAUCUUUGCUCAAUAUAUCAAGUCAAAUCAAAUCAGUGACAACACAUAAGAGAGUAGUUAGUACAACAGGUCCGAGAAAAUCACAACCACCUAUAGCAUCAAGUCCACAAAUCAAAGAUUGUACAAAGGCUUCUACAUCUCAACAGUGUACACCAAAAUCUACUAAAUGUUCCCGUCCAUUAAUAAAUACUAAAUCACCAAAUGUGUUGAUUUAUUCGGAUAGUGUAGCCGCUAGAGAUAAUUUGGAGGCAUCCCUUAGGAAAGUUUUGGAUUGUGACAGGUACACCGUGUACGCGGUGUCCCGCGCGGCGCUGGAGGCGGGCGCGUGGCGCGGGCGGGCGGCGCUGGUGGCGGCCGCGGGGUGCGUGGGUCGCGCCGGCCCCCUGCUGCUCGCGCACCUGCUCGACGGCGGCCGCCUGCUCGCGCUCUGCUCAGACCUACUGCACGCAGUGCUGCCCUAUUACAAGACAGCAGAGGUUCGUGAGAAUGAAAUUGUGCAGUUUUCGUACGACAAGUGGAAGUCUGUGAAGAUGAAACAUCACAUAUUUUGUUACCAAGCAUCACCAGCUAAAAAACAAUUUUCAACUGAAAGUGACAGACAGCCGUCCAAGUAUACAGGACAUCCAGGACAUGAGCUCGACAUCCAGGUACUUGCGUCCGAGGAGACAUGGCGAACACCAUCGCUGUUACAGGCCACCGACCUCACGAACAACGGAAUUGCUAUUUUUUCACAGAUUCAUCUAGAAGCCGAUCCAAGUGACUAUCUAGGUGAAGAGGGUAUUAAAAGCAAUGAGGCGCGAUUGGAAAUUAUUCACAAGAUCUUGGGUGACAUUCUUGGACUUCAUGUUGUGAAUCCUCGGGAGAUCGCUCCGGUCGAAUAUACAAAGGGUUUUUUUCUUGGCAACCAUGUGCAUAAGUUGUCACUUGUAGAGCAGUGGUGUACGCCUACGUCUGAAGGCAAACGCUUGCAGAAACUUGGUGACUUGACUAUACAAUGGUGUUUGCGAGGCGAGACUCCCGUAGAGGCGCCUUCUGAGAAUUUUCUGCCGGUUUACGUGUACGAGUGCCCGGAACACUUCUCUACCGUCGAAUAUUUUGAUAACCUGACGUCGUCGCACAUGGGGCGGCUGGUGGUGUACUCGGACGUGGUGGGGAGCACGACGCGCGUGGUGGGCGGCGCCGCGCUGGCGCCGGGCGUGGCGGCGGUGGCCCGGCGCCAGGCCGCCGCGCAGGGCCGCGUGCAGAACAAGUGGCUCUCGCCGCCCGGGCAGGCCGCCAUCUCGCUGCAGGUGUGGCAGAAGAUGUCCCCGUCGCUGCCGCUGCUGCAGCACGCUGCCGCAAUGGCCGCAGUUCGCGCGAUUCGCUCUCGACCAGCUUACGAGCACCUCAACAUUAGGAUAAAAUGGCCGAACGACGUAUAUUACGGGCGCGAAGUUAAAAUCGGAGGAACAAUCACCACGGCCAAUUGUAUUGGAGACGAUGUUAUUGUCAAUAUAGGAACCGGCGUCAAUAUCUCUAACAGCGUGCCAACAACGUGCUUGAACGACAUAAUCUCGGAGUACAACAAGCGGCAUGACGCCUCACUCGCUCCGUUCACAGUGGAGAGUUUCCUCGCCCGGUACUGCUCUCAACUGGAGAUCAUACUAGAGGAGAUGGCCAGUCCCCGUGGAAUCAAGGCCUUCAUCGAACAGUACUACCAGUAUUGGCUACACACUGGUGAAGAGAUCCGCCUGCAGAGAGAAGGCACAUCGACGCCAGUGACAGGCUGCAUCUCAGGCGUGGACGAGGCCGGCUGGCUAUUAGUUAACACGCCCACCGGCGAACUGCGGGUCGCGCCCGAUGGCAACACAUUCGACAUCAUGAGCGGACUCAUCGCACCCAAGUUGUAAUGGAUUUGAUUGUCACUAGGUAAUAAUUUAGAUUCUGUUCCAUUACAAUAUCGUUUUUGCAAACGAAAACAAUGAAUAUCAUGCUCUAUAUUGAUUUGAAAGGUUCAAAACCGGCAAUUUGGAGAUACAAAGCAGUAGUUACGCAAUACAUUCUUACUCUCUCACAUUGACUGUUGAUAAUGUAACAUUAUUUUGCACAACUUUGACGGAUUUUUUUGCAAUGUGUUGUAGAUUAUAAAUAUUUAAAAAAAACUGUAAAUACCAGGUUCUGUGUUGCAUGCCAAGUGGAGUGAAACUUAAAAAAUAGAACUACUCUAACAUAUUUCUCUAAAAUGAAAUAUUUUUACCCCAGGUGAAAUAUUCCAACCUGGUUUGUGGUAUAAGGUUAUUUAAAACUAUCACAGAAAGGCGAUUUAUAAGUUAUUCUGGAUCUCAUAUGAUAAUAUGAAGUAAGUAGAGUUCCGACAUAUUUGUUAACUUUAUAUACUGGAGAUAAAUGGGAAUAAUUUUCCACAAUAAUAAAUAAUACCGAUUUUAUUAAGUGGUAGUGUGCUGUGCAAUAUGUUCUAGAGUAUUAACUCUUCAACAUGUAGUCAUAAUAGUGUUAUUAGAGUGAUAUA